GCUACUGAUAAUAGCCACAAAAAGUCUGUCCCUAGUGUACACUUAAAAUGCCAUCAUAUAUCCUUUAACAUGGCUCAGAAUAGAAACUGAGGACAUGAAAUUUCACCCUGUGAAGAUGGCUAAGUAGGAGGUGAAGAAGCCCCAGAUUUAAAUGACCUGACUUCUCAUAUUUCCCUGUCUCACCACCUGUGAUUGAGCUGCCCUGGGCUGCUUGGGCACAGUGUGUGGUGCAUGUCCUCAGGAGUGUGUUCAGCCUUCUGAGUGCGGGUUCUUUUGUAAACUGCAGUGAAGCAAGCCUUCUUCCCCAACUAGCCUUCCUUUUGCUUCUUUUGCAGGAAGUUGCUUAUAUAAAAUGAGGCAGUGACCUUUGAGGAUGUGGCUGUGAACUUCACCAUGGAGGAGUGGACUUUGCUUAAUCCAUCCCAAAAGAAGCUCUACAGACAUGUGAUGAGGGAAACUUUUAGGAACAUGGCUGCUAUAGGAAGAGUCGUGGACAACCAGGAAGUUAAAGAAGAGUUCAAAAAUUACUGGAGAAAUCUAAGAAAUGAAGAGGUUGAGAAAUGCUAUCAAAAUAAAGGCUGGAGUCAAUAUGAGGAAGUAUUCCUGUGGACUCCAGAUGCUAAUGUGGACACGAAACAAGCUGGUUUAAAACUAGCUGAAGGCCUUGCUUGUGGAAAGCCCCUGAUUGAGCCCUUGUCACGAAAUGUGCCCGACAUAGCUCACACUGAACUGAAGACAGCUGAGUAUUUGGGAUCAGAAGAGAAGCUGAAUAAGUGUGAUGAACAUGUAAGGUCCCAGUCCUUUCAGAAGGAUGCAAGGACAAACACCGGAGAAGAACCCUGUGAAUAUGAUCAGUGUGGGAAAUCCUACACUAAUCUUAGUGAAAAAUCUCACCUUAGAGAGAAGACCUUUGUAUGUAAGGAAAACUUCAAAGCCUUCAGCACACCCAAAAAUAUUCAGAUCCAUGAGAGAAUUCACACUGAGAAGAAACCCUGUGUAUGUAAGGAAUGUGGGAAAGCUUUUAGCAGGUACAGUGAAUGUAAAAUACAUGAAAGAAUUCACAAUACAGGGAAACCCUAUAUAUGUAAGCAAUGUGGGAAAGCUUUCAACAGGCGCAAUAAAUGUAAUAUACAUGAAAGAACUCACACUGGGGAGAAACCCUAUGUGUGUGAGCAAUGUGGGAAAGCUUUUACUACACAACGUUACUGUAAAAUACAUGAAAGAACUCACACUGGGGAGAAACCCUAUGUGUGUGCGCAGUGUGGGAAAGCUUUUAGUGCGCAACGUUAUUAUAAAACCCAUGAAAGAAUUCACACUGGGGAGAAACCUUAUGUGUGUGAGCACUGUGGAAAAGCUUUCCGUACACAAGGUCAUUGUAAAAUACAUGAAAGAAUUCACACUGGGGAGAAACCCUAUGUGUGUAAGCAAUGUGGGAAAGCUUUUAGUUCACAACGUUACUGUAAAAUACAUGAAAGAAUUCACACUGGGGAGAAACCCUAUGUAUGUAAGCAGUGUGGGAAAGCUUUUAGUACACACAGUUAUUGUAAAAUACAUGAAAGAAUUCACACUGGGGAGAAACCCUAUGUAUGUAAGCAGUGUGGGAAAGCUUUUAGUUCACAAAAUUAUUAUAAUAUACAUGAAAGAACUCACACUGGGGAGAAACCCUAUGUUUGUAAGGUGUGUGGGAAAGCUUUUCGUACACAAGGUCAUUGUAAAAUACAUGAACGAACUCACACCGGGGAGAAACCCUAUCUAUGUAAGCAGUGUGGGAGAGCUUUCAGCACCCACAGUGAAUGUAAAAUACAUGAAAGAAUUCAUACUGGGGAGAAACCCUACGUGUGUAAGCAAUGUGGGAAAGCUUUCAUGAGGCAGAGUAAAUGUAAUAUACAUGAAAAAAAUCACAAUAAGGGGACACCCUAUGUAUGUAAGCAGUGUGGGAAAGCUUUUAGUGCACAAAAUUAUUGUAAACUACAUGAAAGAUCUCACAGUGGGGAGAAAUCUUAUGCAUGUAAGCAAUGUGGGAAAGCUUUCAGCAAGCCCAGUGCAUGUAAAGUACAUGAAAGAAUUCACACUGGGGAGAGACCCUAUGUAUGUAAGCAAUGUGGGAAAGCUUUUAGUACACAAAAUUGUUGUAAAAUACAUGAGAGAACUCACAGUGGAGAGAAACCCUAUGUAUGUAAGCAAUGUGGGAAAGCUUUUAGUACACAACGUUAUUGUAAAAUACAUGAAAGAAGUCACAAUGGGGAGAAAUCCUAUGUAUGUAAGCAGUGUGGGAAAGCUUUUAGUUCACAAAAUUAUUGUAAUAUACAUGAGAGAACUCACAGUGGGGAAAAACCCUAUGUGUGUAAGCAAUGUGGGAAAGCUUUUAUUACACAACGUUACUGUAAUGUGCAUGAAAGAACUCACACUGGGGAGAAACCCUAUGUAUGUAAGCGAUGUGGGAAAGCUUUUUCUACACAACAUUAUUGUAAAGUACAUGAAAGAACUCACAGUGGGGAGAAACCUUAUGUAUGUAAGCAAUGUGGGAAAGCUUUUUCUACACAAAAUUAUUGUAAUAUACAUGAAAGAACUCAUACUGGGAAGAAACCCUAUAUUUGUAAGCAAUGUGGGAAAGCUUUUACUACACAACUCUAUUGUACUGUACAUGAAAGAACUCACACUGGGGAGAAGCCCUACAUAUGUAAACAAUGCGGGAAAGCUUUUACUGCACAGUAUUAUUGUAAAGUGCAUGAAAGAACUCACACUGGGGAGAAACCCUAUGUAUGUAGACAUUGUGGGAAAGCUUUUAGCAGACAAGAUUAUUGUAAAAUACAUGAAAGAACUCACACUGGAAAGAAACUAUAAGCGAUGUGGGACAGGUUUUAGCAAAGCUUGUUAUUGUAAAUGACAUGGAAGAACUCACACUUAGCAUUAAUUCAAUCUUAUAAAGCAGUAUGGGAAAGCUUUGAGCAUGCCUAUAGCUUGUGAAAGACAAAAGAACUCAGUAGGGAGAAACCUUAUGUAGAAAUUACACAGAUCUGUUGUCAAAUACAUGAAAGAAAUCUCAUGGGAGAGAAACUUUAUAUAUAUAAGCCUAUUUUGAAAGUCCUGUGACAAUUUGUCCUGUAAUGGAGAACUGCAGGGACCAUAAAUAUGAAAAGCUUGAUGUCAAUAUUUCUCCAUAAAAUUUUCAGAAAAUACCAUCCUAGAUAGAAAUAUUCUAAAGUACACAUAUUAUGUGUUUUUUUUUUCAGAAAUCACUUAAAUAAAUAUCUGUAUUAUGUGUCUGCAGUAUUUAAUAUGAAAAUGAGUUGUAUCUUUGCACUUAAUACAUAGUGUCUUUUAAUUAAGCAUGGUGAAUUGAAGUGUGUUUUUUAUUUUCAAGUAGAGUUAGUAUUUCUGUAGUUUUUGUUGAGUCUUUAUAAUUGGAAAGUAAAGACCACUAAAAAACUUAAUUUUGUUAAUUGUUAGGAUGUUGCCACUACUUUUGUUUUAAAUUUUUGGUGUGUGUACUCUAUAUUCUAUGUGACAGGGGAUAUUUUUCAUUUGGUGCUGUAUUUUAUGUUUCUCAUAUGACAAGACACCUGCUUACUGUAUAGUAUAUCAUGUACAUAAUUUUGCCUGUUUUUCUUUCAUAUCAGGGCCAAUAUUAUUUACAUAAAAUUUUAUUUUCUUACCAUCAAAA